AUGAAAAUUAAUCUUUUUAGGCGAGGUUCUUCGGGUGCUGCAGCGUUAAAGUUUCUUGGAAUCAAAAAAGGAAAAAAGAAAACCUCAUCUGCUAUUCGUGAUCACAAAACUUCCGAUGCUUUGGCAAUACUUACACAUUUGUCGAGUCACGCUCUGAAAAAGAAAAGACCCAAUGAAGCAAAUUGGGCAUUAUUGAUGGCCAUGGCGAAUCGGAUGGAGGAUGUCGCAUUGACCAUGUAUGAACGCGGAAUUCCGGGUGAUGUGAAUUCCCCGAUAUUCGUCAAGCAGACGAAGAAUUCGGAACGUGGUGGCAUCUCCAGUAUGAAAUUUCCGAGUUACUUUAUUUUAUCGGUAGCUCUUGGACUAUAUAAACUGACACAAGCAAUGUUUAAGCGAGCCAAUGUAAACCAAACAUGGUUUGGCCUCUCGCCAUUGAUAAUCCUCACAGCUCAGACAACCCCAACGUCAUAUGCGAAAUCGGACUCCGAUGCCGCAAUUUUAAUGAAGAUCUUUCUUGAACAUGGAGCCGAUCCUUCGCAAGGGUUACCAUAUGAGCAAUUUAAUAUGCUGAGGAGGCUAAAGGCGAGAAAAUCGAAUAUAUUAAGUUUGGCAGGUUCCAUUAAAGCGUCACAUAAAAGUAUCUCGCGUCAAUUCAGCAGCAAGCAUGUGAAAGCCGAGAAGGUCAAGGAAGAGACGAAAAUUUAUGCAAAGGACAAGUGGGUGACACCGCUAGACAUUGCGGCUGUCAGUGGUAAUAUUGAGAUUGUGAAGAUAUUACUGUCAAG